AUGCUGAAUUUCACCAAUGUGACAGAAUUUAUUUUUUGGGGAUUAACCAACCGCCAGGAAUGGCAAGUUCUCUUCUUUUUUAUUUUUCUCAUGGUCUAUAUUAUCACGGUGUUGGGUAAUAUUGGAAUGAUUAUAUUAAUUAAUCGUCCACAGCUUAGCAGCCCCAUGUAUUUUUUUCUCAGCCAUUUAUCAUUUGUAGAUGUGUGGUUUUCUUCCAACGUCACCCCUAAGAUGUUAGAAAACCUGUUAUCAAAGACAAAAACUAUUUCUUAUGCUGGUUGUCUAGUUCAGUGCUUUUUCUUUAUUGCCCUGGUCCAUGUAGAAAUCUUUAUUCUUGCUGUGAUGGCCUUUGAUAGAUACAUGGCGAUUGGGAACCCUCUGCUGUAUGGCAGCAAGAUGUCAAGGGUCGUCUGUAUCCGCCUGAUUUCCUUCCCUUAUGUAUAUGGUUUUCUGACCAGUCUGGCAGCAACUUUGUGGACAUAUGGCUUGUACUUCUGUGGGAAAAUUGAGAUCAACCACUUCUACUGUGCAGAUCCUCCUCUCAUCAAAAUGGCCUGUGCUGGGACCUUCGUGAAAGAAUACACAAUGAUCAUACUUGCAGGCAUCAACUUCACAUACUCCCUGACUGUAGUGAUCAUCUCUUAUCUAUUUGUUCUCAUUGCCAUUCUAAGAAUGCACUCAGCAGAAGGGAGGUGCAAGGCCUUCUCCACCUGUGGCUCCCAUCUGACGGCUGUGGUCAUAUUUUAUGGUACCCUGAUCUUCAUGUAUCUCAGACGUCCCACAGAGGAGUCCGUGGAGCAAGGGAAGAUGGUGGCCGUGUUCUACACCACAGUGAUCCCCAUGUUGAAUCCUUUGAUCUACAGUCUCAGGAACAAGGAUGUUAAAGAAGCCAUGAACAAACUGAUUAACAAAGCAUCUUUAAUGAAUUAG